AUGGCCGACCUGGGCACCUACACCAAGCCUCUGGCCUACCUAGGCCUAAUCACCCUAGCCAGCACCGCCCUCACAUUCACCCGCCAAGCAACCAACUUCCUCCGACCCAGCACUCUCGUGAAAACCUACAACCCAACACACACCAAUUGGGCCCUCGUGACAGGCGCCACGGACGGGAUAGGGUUCGGAUUUGCACAGGAGCUAUGCGCCCGCGGGUUCAAUGUCAUACUGCACGGUCGCAAUGCGGAGAAACUCCAGCGCCGACAGCGCGAACUCCAGGCCGAGUUUCCCAAGGCGAAGCUCGGGAUCGUCGUGCGCGAUGCACAGAACAUCACCGGCGACAUUGAUGAUGUGGACGGGGAAGUGCGCGCGAUCAUUGGCGCGGGCGCCCUGACGGUUUUGAUUAAUAAUGUUGGUGGGGAGACGAGGCCUUCGACGCUGUUGAAGGAGUAUACUUUUGAGGAGGUGCAGGCGACUGUGGCGAGAAAUGCUACCUUCACGAUUCAAAUCACCCGUGUGCUUGCUGGCCUGUUGGAGGAGAAUGCACCGGGUUUGGUGCUGAAUGUUUCUUCGGUUGCGGCAUUUGGGUUACCGUAUAUCAGUGCUUAUAGUGCGACGAAGGGGUUCGUGGAUUCUUUUACGAGGUCUUUGCGCGCGGAGUUCGGGGCGGAAGGGAAGGCGGUUGAGGUGAUGGGGUUGAGAGUUGCGGAGGUGAAGACGGCUGGAUAUGAUAUCAAGAGUAAUUUGUUCGUUCCUGAGGCGAGGGUGCUCGCAGGGGCCAGCUUGAAUCGGGUUGGGUGCGGAGAGGAAAUCGUGUGUGCUUAUUUCUGGCAUUGGUUGCAGGGGUUGUCGUUUGAUAUCUUGCCGCGAUGGCUGAUGCUCAAGUUUGCUGGGAUGAAGCUCAAAGCCAUCAGAGCGGACAUGGCAGAGAAGGCUAAGAGCAGCUGA